AUUAUUUUUAUUAAUAAAUUGUUGUAAGUGUAUAUUGUGGCUUCCAAUUUAUACCAAAAACCAUACAAAUUGUUUAGUUUAUUUGAUUUUUUAAGUUUUGAAAAUACAAUUUUAAUUGUAAUCUGUUUUUAAAUAUGUAUUUACUACUUACUCAGUGUAAUAUUAAUUUACAUUUUUUUUAAACAUUUAUCAUUUAUUAUUAUUUUUUAAAAAUAUAUUUAUAAUAUAUUAUAAACAUAACAUCUUUGAAAACUGCUAUUAACUUCAUGGUGUUUGUUACCAUAGAAAUGCUUGAAUAUGGCAAUAAUGUCAAUGGAUUAGUUAUAGGACUGAAUAUUGUUUUUUAGCUUAUUUAGUUAAAUUUUUUGUUGUUCAUUUUUAUAUUUAUACUGCCUAAAAAUGUGAAUAAUAUGCAUAAUUACAUUUUUGACUUGUGUGCCUACAUGAUAACUGAAGAUUUCUUAGUAUGUAAAAUGUAUUUCCAUCUUUGAUAUAUGUAUAUUUAACAAAAUGUAAUUUGGAUCACUUUUUAUGAAAAAUAACAUUAUUAUCGUCAGUCUGAUAAACUUACCGAUAAGUCCUACCUACGCGUUUUAAAGAAUAAAUUCACACAAGCGUCAUCCAAAAUGUACGUGUAUUUGUUUACCUCUGUAUCGUUCCUUCGCCCAUAAUAUUAUUAACAAUAUAGUAGCUAUUAUAGAUUAUUAUCGUCGUUUUGUGUGGCUGGGGUUGUUGAUGGCAAUUAUUUUAGUGUCGUUGCCCUAACAACCCGCACAGCCGAUAAUAACUGUACGUCUAUGCAUAGGUACCCACAGUAAAGCUGUAAAAGUUGUUGCCGUCUCUGCUGCUCGACAGCGCGUCCUCCGCGACAUGGCGAAUAACAAUAAGCUGGAUUUGGUCACUUCGGAUUUGUUCAACGACCAAGUCACUUUGGGUCUGUUGACCGUUCUCGAAAACACUGCCGGAGUGAGAAACCUGACGGUCAAACAGAGUCUGCCGUGUGACAAGGCCAAAAUAAGCUUGUGGGAGCAGCGGAACGGAUGUUUGCUGCCGGACGACGUCAGGUCGUUUUACGCGUCGUGCGACGGGUUCAAGUUGACUUGGUCGUACAGAGUCGAAGGCAUCACGUCUGACGCGACGGCUGCUGCGGUUGGCGGUGCGUCCAACUUGCCCAUCGGAAACAUCACCGUGAACCCGCUGUCCGACCUGGUCAGGCUGUGCGACGUCAAAUCGGACACUGUCAAUGUAAACGUGAUGCGUGACCUGCAGUUACUGGACCGGCUGUCCGACAGGAACACGCCGGACUUCACGGAGAACUCGAAGAUAUUCGAGCUGGACUCGAGUUCGGACGUGGGCCACGUAUGCCUGGUGUACCUUGACGGCCGUGCGGCGGCAUCGGCAUCUGCGGCAGCGAACCGGCCGGACGUCCAUCCGCGCGAAGAGCCCAGCGUCGCGUCAGUCUGGCUACUGGACACCACGUACCGCUGGCACUUGCUCGCGCCGAACUUCAGCAACUAUUUCAGAAAGGCGCUGGUGCACAUGGGCCUGCCCCACUGGCAACUCAAAUUCACCGAUAUGGGUCUCACGUCUAUCGGAGAGUUUUUCAUGAAUUUGGUGGCUCCUCAAUUGAAUGUGACCGAUCGAGUUCCUCUGAUUGGCCAAUUAGACGACGAUGAACAGUGUACCACAGAUAGCGCACCGCUAAACCACUUUGAUCCUAGUAUUUUAAAAACCACGUUCAAAAUGUCCAAAAGUAAAAAAAAUGCAAUCAAAUAAGAGUUCCUGUUAGAACUGACUUAUUUAUUUAUUUAUUUUAUUUAAUAGCGACAAUUAGUUUAUACCAAAAUAGUUUGAAAAAUUUAAAAUAAAAAAUUAAUUUAUUUUUUGGAAUUAAUCAUAAUAUUAUUAUAGUUCCUACUAGUUGCAGAUAUAAAAAAUGCGGUCUG